UUUGUCAGCUGAUUACUCUAAGCCUGUCGCAAGAGGAUAUUGUUUACUUGUAACUCCAAUACUAAGGCUUCUAUAUAUUUGUCAUAACUAAGAAAGAGUAUUAUUCAUUUGGUUUCUCAUAAUGGAGACAGUAGCUGCUUUUUUUGGGGGCAACCCUUUCGCCACACCUAUCGGACAAUUAAUUGAACGAGCCACUGAUGCUUCGUUAUCCGAUGAGAAUUGGGCACUCAACAUUGAAAUUUGUGACAUGGUCAAUGAGCAGGAUGAUGGGCCAAGAGAUGCUGUUAGAGCAAUCAAGAAACGUUUACAACUGAAUGCUGGAAAAAACCAUACAGUUGUCAUGCACACUCUAAUAGUUCUUGAGACUGCUGUCAAGAACUGUGGGCGUCGAUUCCAUAUAUUGGUAUGCAGCAAGGAUUUUGUUCAAGAAUUGGUGAAAUUGAUUGGACCAAGAAAUGAUCCACCAACAGACCUUCAAGAGAAAGUCCUAACUCUAAUUCAGAGUUGGUCAGAUGCAUUUCAACAAUAUCCAGAACUGCAAGGAGUAACUCAAGUCUAUCAGGAACUGAAAUCAAAAGGCAUUGAGUUUCCAAUGACUAACAUGGAUUUAAUGGCACCAAUUAUAACACCACAGAAGACGUUCAGUCAUGCCGAAGGUCUUUCCAAAAGUCGCAGUAAUUCUGCUUCAGUCAGUCAGUCAGUUUAUCAGCGCCCGCCUCCAGCUGAUCCUCAACAUGCAGCUCCUGUUGAUGUUUCCACUCUAUCUGCGAUUACUUUGAGUGGUCCUCAGCUAGCGAAGCUCCAGCAUGAGUUGAGUAUGGUCGAAGGUAACAUGUCCGUCCUAUCGGAAAUGUUGGCAGAGAUGAGUCCCGGGCAAGAAAAACCCGCUGAUUUGGAAUUACUUCGUGAAUUGUAUUCUACAUGUCGCAAUAUGCAACAGCGUUUGGUAGAGUUGGUGGAUCGUGUUGCAAAUGACGAAAUUACAGCUCAUCUUUUGAAAAUUAAUGAUGACCUAAACAACCUUUUUCUGAGAUACGAGCGUUACGAGAAGAAUAGGCAGGCGGUAACUCAGGGUACUGAGACUCUGCAAAAAAAUUCAGCUCCACCAAUCAAGCCCAAUGAAUUGGUUAAUCUUUCAGAUCAUUACCAACCAUCUGCAAGCGCAGCGGCUGCCGCGCUUCCCACGAUCACUACUCAACUUCAAGGUUUAGGUUUAAAAAAUCAAGAUGAAAGCGAAUUUGAUAUGUUUGCCCAGUCACGCAACGUAACUUAUGAAUCAUCAAAACCUAGUGUGGGUAGUCCUUAUGGAGAUCCUGAUGUGGUGGAUGCCAGUUUAGGCACGUUGACUCAACAACGUCAACAAGAGGGAGGUAUCUUUGAAGGUGAUGAUGUCUUUCAGGGAGUGAAAGACGAAGAUAUUGAAGAAAUGGAAGCCUGGCUUGAAAAGGAGCCCCACCUGGCAGAAGAUGCUACACUAACCCCUGCUAUGAAAGAAUACAUAAAAAAACGUUCCGCUCCAGCGUCGGGCGCUGCUGGCGAAGAAGGAUCUACUCGCCGUUCUAACAACGAUAAUCUAUUUUCACUCUAACAACCAUAUUUUUGUGUUUUCACUUUAAGGCUGCAAACUUUUCCGCCCUUUUAAUCGUUCGCAACGGCCACAUUGGUGUCUACUUUCUUUUGGAUGAAAAAAAAAACUUAUUUUAGGUGUAAUUGUAUAUGGAAAUUUGAUGGUCUCAGUCGACUGGUCGAAGAUUUCCGACCAGAGAAGUCUUAUCCUUAACAAGUCAAGAUAUUUUUCCUCUUAGAAAGAACACUAUUUGAAGGUUUUCUCCCUCAGCUGGUUGGGCCUUGAUGUGUUGGAGCCCACAUGUGUCCCCUCUAAUCGGCCCGUAUGUUUUGCAGCCCUUUAUGUGUCCCAUGAUUAAUGUUAAUCAAUUUGCUCGUCCUGUUGACAUUCCUUUGCUUCCCUUCUACCUAGCCAGCUGUAGAUGUUCCCUUCCUUUAUUAUUUAAAAAAAUGAUAUCACUAUGUAUACAAUAAACGCCUUGUAUUACCCA